AAUGCCUGCGCGGCCUGCAUUGGAGAGGACGCGCCGUCCCAAGCCGACACGAUCAGCAACACGUGCACGUCGGCAGCCUCGUCCAUGUCGGGCUCGAUGUCGGCCGGCGAGAGCGCCACGUCGUCCGCCGCGGCCGCCGAGUCGAGCGCUGCGACCGCCGUCUCGAGCAUUGCGUCGAGCGUCAGCAGCGGCGUGAGCUCGGUGUCGUCGGCUAUGAGCUCGGCCGCUAGCCAGGCGAGCAAGUCGGCGUCGGCGUCGGCGAGUGCGCCGUCCGCCAGCGCGUCCGGUGACUCGGCGGCGGGCAAGACCCUUUUCGGGGGCGCCGCCGUCGCUGCCGGCGCGCUCGCCGCCGCUAUGCUCGCCUAAGUGUCGGUUCCCUGUCGAGGAACCGGCGAAGCGCGCCGGCUUGAGCGAAUGUCGUCCACACUCCUCUCAUCUCCUCUUCCUUCCUCGCCUCGCCCUCCUUUCCCGACGCCUCAUCUCUAUCUCUCUCACGGCCUCGGGUCUCGGUCGGCGUCACCCGUCUCUCGUAUCUGCUGCAACGCGACCACGAUGCCUC